AUUCAGUAAAAGACUGAGUUUUAACCUCUGCAAGCUGCGGCACCGAAGAAGUGUGUUUCAGGGCAGGAGCCAACUACAACUUUGAUGAGUAUUCAAAGUUGUAUACUGGCUUUUUUUCUUCUUUAAAAUAAUGGAAUUUAAUGAAACCGAAAGUGCUGCAAAAAAACGCGUCAACACAGAAACAGCCAUUACAGAACUGCCCAUCAUGAGGUGCUCUCUGUUUGUGGACUGGGUUUUGGGCUUCAUAUUGGCUGCAGCCUCUGUUUCCACAUUCCACUCAACAUUGGAUGAAGCCUGGAUCAACUGGAAAUCAUUGCAUGGGAAGCAAUAUGAAAUGGCUGAAGAGGCCUAUAGACGAGCAUUGUGGGAGGACAAUGUGAGAUUCAUUGAACAGCACAAUUUGGAAUAUGGAAUGGGAAAGCACACGUUUACUGUGGGAUUGAACCAGUUUGGAGAUCUGACCAUGGAGGAGUUUAAUGAGCAUCUGAAUGGAUUGAAAGAAAACGAGAUUGAUUACCAGGCUUGCAAAGUCUUUACAGCAGCGAAAAAUGUUAAAUUUCCUCAGACAGUUGACUGGAGAAGAAAGGGUUUCGUUACUGGAGUGAAGAACCAGGGACACUGUGGCUCAUGCUGGGCAUUCAGUGCAACUGGAUCACUUGAAGGACAGCUUUUUAAGAGCGCAGGAAAGCUUAUUUCUCUGAGCGAGCAGAACCUGCUUGACUGUGAUAGGAAAAGCCGCGGAUGUAAUGGCGGAACUGUGCUUAAUGCGUUGGACUACGUAAAACAAAAUGGCAUUAAUUCUGAACGUUCCUAUCCCUACGCAGAAAAGCCAGGUGAAUGCCGCUUUAACAGAAAUAAUAAUGUCACCAGUUGUGCAUGUGUGAAGUGCAUUCAACCAAACUCUGAGCAUCAACUAGCUGCAGCGGUGGCUGAAGUUGGACCCAUUUCUGUUGCUGUGGAUGCCAAACACCGAUCUUUCCAACUUUAUAAAGCUGGUGUUUAUUAUGAACCAAACUGCAAGAACACAACAGUUAAUCAUGCAAUGCUAGUGGUUGGAUAUGGAAUUGAUCAAGAAGGGAAAUAUUGGAUUGUUAAAAACAGUUAUGGAACAAAAUGGGGAAUGCAAGGCUAUAUCAAAAUGGCCAAGGACAAGAACAAUCACUGUGGAAUCGCCCAAUUCACACUUUACCCUGAGAUGGAAAUUUCAAAGUGCCAACGCUAAAACUGGAUAAAACCCACCAAAAAGAACCAAUUGCUUCUCUGUGCUGCUGAUUUUCUGUCUAACUUUCACUAAUGUCUAUCCUUCUGCCUCUUUGCUUUUAUAAUGCUGCUUUAUUUACUUCCAGAAUGAUUUGAUUACUGAUGUAUAUUUUGAAGGGGAAUCACAGUUGCAGGGUGAGAAAACACACCAUCUAAUUUGCAUACAAAUCUUAAUCAUGACAUAAAAAGCCCAAUAAUCUGUUUUGAUAGUGUUUAUUCAGAAAGUAAGAUGAUGACAAAAACUUGCCAGUCCUUCUCUGAAUAGUCAUAGGACUUUGUAUCUUCACCUAAAAAAAGUUUCCUUUAACCAUUAAUCUGAAAGAGACCAUGUCUAGUAAUGCAGUACUGUUUUAGUAGCUACAAUUGUGUGUUAAAGCCUCGAGAAUGAAAUUUGAAUUCCUGACUCUGUGCCUCAGAAUGUUACCUAUAUUACAAUAUAGCUAAGGCACUGACCAAUGAGUAUUUUAUUGGUAAAGACGGUGAAAAUCUGUUUGCAAUAAACAAAUUGUAAUAAAUGCAUGUCAUAAAUCAUAGAAUCCCUACAGUGUGGAAGCAGGCCCUUUGGCCCAACAAGUUCACACCAACCCUCAGAGCAUCCCACCUAGACCUGUCCAAUUUAUACAUCCCUGAACACUACAGGGAAUUUAGCAUGGCCAAUCCACCUACCGUGCACAUCUUUGGACUGUGGGAGGAAACCAGAUCACCUGUGGAAACCCACCAGACGCAGGGAGAAUGUCCCAACUCCGCACAGACAGUCGCCCGAGGGUGGACUUGAACCUGGGUCCCUGGUGCUGUGAGGUAGCAGUGCUAAUCACUGAGCCACCGUGCCUUCAGUAGUAAGGUAAAGAACAAUGCCAUUGGCAAUUGUGCACAGUAACAAAGAAUGAUUACAUUGUCUAACAUUCAGGUAAUAGCUUGAAUAUGCUAUUUGUGCAAAGCUUUCAAUAUAAAGUGUGACAGCAAUCAAA